GCGGUGGCAUUUAACGGGAGUGGGCUGACGUCACUUAACUUUUCCAGUGGCGUGUGUGUGUGUAUGUGUGGAUGAUGAGAGAGUGAGAGUGUGGAAGACAGUCCACUCAGGACGGGCGAAGGAUUCAUGUUUUUUCGGUGAGUGAAUCGAGCGCUUGGAGAGUAAACGCUUUGAGUCAGUACUGUAAAGAGCGUGGAUUGUUUUCGUACAUCGCUUUUCUGUCGAAAGAAACUUCAAGUCCUGAAAAUCAUGCCCAAUCUUACCUAGUGCACCAAGAAGGACUGCCACUGAUGCCCUUGCCCCCUCCAAAAAUAUAGGUGCAUGGUACCCCUGCACUUCUAUAAAAAAUAUCAGAGUGCCAAGAUAAAGGAUAAUCAAGACUUUCAAGACAAUGGAGGUUUAUUCUUAUCUGAUGGAUUCUGCUGGCAGAGGAACCCAUCUUAGGUGAAAUGCUGAAAUUCAGGUAGAGGUGGCACAUUCCAGGAAAUCACAGCUGAGACAGAGCGUUUUCAAGUAUGAACAAGGCAUUUAACAGGAAAAAAGAUAAAUCAUGGAUGCACACUCCAGAAGCACUGGCUAAGCAUUUUAUAGCAUACAAUGCCAAGUUUCUGGGGAAUACAGAGGUUGAUCAACCCAAAGGUACAGAAAUUGUGAAAGAUGCAGUGAGAAAGCUCAAGUUUCAGAGACACAUUAAGAAGUCAGAGGGACAGAAGAUCCCAAAAGUGGAAUUACAAAUCUCCAUCUAUGGCGUGAAAAUAUUAGAUCCUAAAUCAAAAGAAGUACAAUACAACUGUCAGUUGCACCGGAUAUCCUUCUGUGCAGAUGAUAAAACGGAUAAAAGGAUAUUCACGUUCAUUUGUAAAGAUUCAGAGUCCAACAAGCAUCUCUGUUAUGUGUUUGACAGUGAAAAAUGUGCAGAGGAGAUAACUUUGACCAUCGGCCAAGCGUUUGACUUGGCAUACAAGAAGUUUCUGGAGUCUGGGGGAAAAGACGUAGAGACGAGGAAACAGAUAGGAGGCCUGCAGAAAAAAAUUCAAGAUCUUGAAGCUGAAAAUUCAGAGUUGAAGAAGCAGUUACAAGUCUUAGAGGAGCAACUAAUGAUUGCUCAAGUUCCUCCUCUUCUUCAUAUCAACUCUUCUAAUGAAGCGUAUAUGCUUCAGAGACCCUCCUCUCUCUUCUGGUGUCACAAUGUGACAUCGUUCUCUUGUCUCGAAAUCUCUUCUGUUACAUUAACGCCAAUGAGCUCACCUGACUCUAACCUUUCUACUGGUCUUCUGACUCCUCCGCCUGCUAAACCAGCUCUUUCAAUGCCUCCCAGCGGAGACAGCAUUACUCACCCUCCUGGCAACAGCAUGUCCUCAAAGACCUCCACGGACGUAUUUGACAUGGUUCCAUUUUCUCAAAUGACCCCACUGGUUCCAUUACCAGCAAGUAAUGGCUCAGCCCUUCCACCCCCAGCGAGGCCUACAGAGAUUAGAAGAGACCUGUUCGGUGCAGAGCCAUUUGACCCUUUCACUUGUGGGUCAGCUGACUUCCCCCCCGACAUCCAGUCCAAGCUGGAUGAGAUGCAGGAGGGGUUCAAAAUGGGACUAACAGUAGAGGGCACAGUCUUUUCCCUUGAUCCACUAGACGGUCGCUGCUGAUGUCAAGAAGACAUUCUUGUCACAUUCAUGUUAAACCAUUUGUAUUAAAGUACCAAACUCGGGUUUACAGUCAAGAUGUCAAUGUCUUAUCUUGCGUUUUUUAUGUAUUUGCAUUUGAAUUUGGUUUACAAAAGGUAUAUUGAAAAAUAAGCAGUAGAUCACUAUUUUUGUAAGAACUAAAAAACUGAAACUAAAAUAGUAAUGAAGUUUUAACACCCUUUGCUUUUACAGGCAAUGAAUGAUGUAGAAAGUAUGUCCAAUUGCACACUAACAAGUUUCACAACUGUUAUCAAACUACACAUACAAACAGCAUCCUUUUAAAUGUAAUGCUACAACUCAUAAAAAUGUCUCUAAUGUUAUUGAUAUCUUCUUUUACAUUAUUUUAUAUAUAUUGUUUUAACAUUUAAUGCAUUACCAUACGUAAUAGAUGGGGUAAACAACUCGCUCCUUUUGUGUGUAUAUAUAUAUAUAUAUAUAUAUAUAUAUAUAUAUAUAUAUAUAACAGAUCACGUAAAACUAUGAUAUUGUUUUUGUUUAUUGCAAUGGAUUCAUGAAAAUGCAGUAUUUUUAAUCUAAACAGCAGUGCCAUAAAUGGCAGGAUUGGAAUAUUUCCACAUUAACUUGUAUUGCAGAUUAAUUUUAUUUUAUCUAUUUCAUCCGCUUGCACAAGGAAGCACUUUGUAAGAGCUUUGUUCAUGUAUUAUUGUUAAGUUACUUUGUAAGCAUUAUUUUAGCCUUUGCUGUUGUAGUCAUUAAAAGGAAACGGUACAGAU